UUAGGACGUGUGGGUUUAUUUUUCACGUUCGUCUUAAAAUGUUUCUCCGCUUCUUAGAAAUUAUAUUUUUCUUCUACUUUGCGACGCACAUUCCCAUCACCCUCUUCAUUGAUCUUCAAGCACUGGUGCCUGAACACGUGUACCCUCAAGCACUGAAAGAUGUACUGCGCUGGUAUGCAGCCGAUUUCAAAGAUCCGAUGGUGCUGGAUCCACCUUUUUGGUUCAAGUCGUUCAUAUUCUGUGAAGCUCUUGUCCAGUUGCCUUUCUUUCCCGUCGCCGCAUAUGCGUUCAUGAAAGGGAACUGCAGAUGGAUCAGGACUCCAGCGAUUGUGUACGCCACACAUGUCGCCACCAGUCUGAUCCCCAUCCUAGCCCACAUCCUUUUCCAUGAUUUCCCAGUGGCGCCUCACCCGGGCCCUCAAACGUCCAAGGAACGUCUGACGCUCGUGUCCGUUUAUGCUCCGUAUCUCGUCAUUCCCAUUAUGCUGCUACUCACCAUGCUCUUUAGCACAGCCUAUAGCACUUCCCCUCCAGGUGGGAAAGCUUCAUCGAGAGCCAAGAAACUGAAGUAGAUGACCUCACCUUUCUGAAUCUUGAGUCCACCAUUCCUACACAUUCCAGUUUUACAGUAAACCUUGAUCAUUAGGGAUGCAGUAGGUUUUUAAAGUGCCUUAUGUGAGACAAUACAAUCUAUUGAGACUUUUUUUUUUUUUUUUUUAGAUCAAACUGUAUUUGACCAAUAUUCUGUAUUUUUCAUGGAGGAAUGAGUCACUAUGCAACAGGUUUCCCUGAGAAUUUAACCACUUGAACUAAUACAGACUUUGCUAAAACAAUGUUAUAACGCAUGUGUAGAAAAUGCAAUAGUCGUGUUGUCCACACCAGAUUGCUGUUUGGAAUAUAGCAGAUGAAGACGUACAUAAGCAAAAUAGUUUUAUUCAAAAGCACAACAAUUUUACACGGCGCUUGUCAAAGUAAUAAGGUCCAUUGAUAUAAUCUGUAAGGUCUGAAUAAUGCACUGUAAACAAAUAAAUGAAUGCACUGUCCGGUUA